AUGGCAAUCGUACCCGAUUACAGUGACGACGAGAUUUCCAGUGAUGGCCAAGACAUGCAGAUAUCAGACGAAGGCGAGUCCGACGCCCCGAUGGACGACGAAGCAGAGGUGCUUGACAUUGAGCGCUCCUCAGAGGAGGAUGAGAUACAGUCGGGUGCUGCUGAGGAAGAAGAAGACGAAGAGGAGCCAUCCCCCCCUCCUCAACCACGGCUGAAAAUCAAGAUUAAAUUCCCCGCCCAUUCGGGUUCGACGCCAACUACAGCGACGCCUACACCCGCGCCAGACGAUGUGGGACCUUCUAAGGCUAGUUCGCGACGCGGUCCCUCCCGUGACAUUGACAUAGAGUCGGAGGAUGAAGACGACGAAACCGAGUACAACCCCUCUGGCAAGCCUAUGACGACGCGACAAGCGGUGCUGGCCAGCGUUGUAGACCCAUCACACGUCUCUCUCAACGAAGGCUCGAAGAAGAAAAAGACGCUUAACGAGACAGAGCUCGCUCUGCGUCGGGAAGAAACCGCCCGGAAACGAAGGAAUCUAACGGAAAAGAAACUUGAAGAUGAGAAGAUGGAAACCAUCAACCGGUUGCUGAAAAAGCAAACACGACCAAGAGGCAAGAAGAACGCGCUUGCAAAUACUGAGGACAAGAACAACGCUGGAGACGACGAGGCUGCCGACCCCGAUGCUGAACCAGCGGAACCGCCUCGUGCACCGACCCCUCCUAACACGUACAGGUGGAUAUCUAGCUCAAAGAAUGCCAACAUGCAACUUUCAUUUUCAGUUCCCAUUGCUGCCCUACCGGAGCCUCCAGAGCCCGCUCGACCGCCAAAUCCCUCUCCAGCAAAGUGCGAUGUAGAAGGCUGCAGCAAGUCUCGGAAGUACAGGUUAGUUAAGAACUGGAACCUAGGGGCUUGUGGUAUGGAUCACCUCAAGGCGCUGGAACUACAGAAGGUUUGA